AUGCAAGUGUGGGUGGAGAGUGGCAAGAAGCAAGACGGGGUUGACCAUGUCCUGGGAGAGGACCUUGAAAUUGGCGAGGAUGGGGCGCUAAGGCUUGCCGGACGCGUCGUUGGGUGUGCCGUGGACGUGUCCACGGCGGAGGGCCAGUCGAAGGCGCGAUCCUUGGCCGGCUGCGUUGAGUGGAUUCUUCUCGAGUUUGGUGAGUGGACAAUGAUUCCUGUAGAAAACAUCGUGGCUGCAUGCAGUGGCGGGCCCACGCGAGUUGCAGCACGACUUCGCAGUGCUGAGCAGGUCGUUGGAGCAGCAUUUGCACUGCAAGUAGGCGCAGAUGCCUUGCUUGUGCCACCAGAGGUCGUCGAGACGGCACUAAUAGCUAAGUCUCAGCGUGGUGAGGUGGUGCCAGAGGAAGCACCUGUGGAGCGCAGCAGCUUCGAACUCCAAGACUUUGAAGUCCUCCGUCUCGGUGACGGAGGUGUUGGCCAAAGGGUUUGCGUUGACCUCACUUGCCUCUUAGACGUUGGUGAGGGCAUGUUGGUCGGGUCUUCCUCUUCAAGUUUAGCCCUUGUCCAUGGAGAGACGCUGCAGUCUGAUUUCGUUCCCUCGAGACCAUUCCGCGUGAAUGCUGGCGCAGUCCAUGCUUAUAUUCUUAUGGCAGAUGGCUCAACAAAGUACCUGAGCGAGUUGCGUAUGGGGGACGCAGUAACCAUCGUGAGCUGCAGCGGCGAGAAGCGGGUCGGUGUGGUAGGCCGCUGCAAAGUGGAGCGCCGCCCGUUUCUUCUCCUCACCUGGAAGGACAGCUCGGGCCGUGAGUCAGGAACACUACUGCAGCAAGCAGAAACGGUUCGUCUACUGCAAGCUUCCGGCGACUGCGUAUCAGUGACAUCACUGCAACCGGGCUCACGCAUCCUUGGCUGGACCUCGGACGGAGCGCGCCACAUCGGCGCCAAGGUACCGGGGCAGAUCGCGGCAUCAACUUCUCCCUUCGGCCUGGCCAGUUAUUGGCUGCCCUUGGGAGUGCAGGCGCUGCGGCGCCACCUCGGCAGCAGUGGCAAGACGACGCUACUCCUGGCUUUGUUGGGUGAGGCGAUUUCCAUGGUUUUCCUUGGCAGAUCGGGCUGGGACUUGAGGCCACAGCUCAUCCGGGGCAGCGUCUGCGAGAACGUGCUGUUCGGCAGGCCUUAUGACCAUGACCGCUACCUGGACACCAUGGCUGCCUGUGGUCUCUCUGACUUAGCGAAGGAGGAGGCGACAGCAAAUGCCACGUCCACGAGGGCUCCUCAAGUGCCCCAAAUCUCAGGCGGCCAACGUGUGCGGGUGGGCAUCGCGCGGGCCAUCUACGGCCAAGCAGAGCUGAUCCUUCUGGUGGACUUGUCUGGCAUGCUGCUAUUCGAGGAUGAGAGCGACAGAGAAGCCGCAGUUGGACGGCUUCAUCGGAGUGCAGUGGUCUUGACGACCACGUCCGCCCAGCUAGCCGCUGAUAUUGUACUGGUCCUGGAGGCAGCCGAUGCUUUGUGGGGACUUCUCGGUCUAGGGGCUCGGGUGGAUGCUGGCGAAAUGGACUUCGACAGCCCUUCGAUUUCCCGGGCCUCGCGCUCCCACAACGAGCGACUCCCGGCUGGCUCGCCGGCCUUUCUGCCUCCACGGAGGCGGCUCCUUGUCUCGAAGACACGACCUUCACAGGCUCUCAAACGUGAGGACUCUUCCGAUGAGUCGGAGAAGCUCCCAGCAAAAUCCUCACGCUGCUCCAACUGCGGUCAUUUGCUCACGGACAUGGACCUGGUCUUCUGCCCGCACUGCGGGCAGAGGUGCGCAGGUGGCUUGGACAUGGCAGCGGCCUUCGAUGCUGUUAGGAAUGCCGUCGAGGAAGAGAAAGCCAGGCAAUCGCACACAGCCUCGACAGCCGUCUUGCACUCCUUGGAAGCAGUGGCCAUGGUGAUACAGGAUAUGCUUCAAGUGAAGUAUGGGCUUGUCCUGGAUGAGGCGGACCUUUUCGCUAAGCUGCGGCACCAUUGCAAUGGUUCCACUCCAGAGGAGGUCGUUACUCUCUUCAACUCUCAGAGAGACCUUCACUUCCGGACCCGGGGCUGCCAGCGUCUCAUUGCCUUGAAGCUGGACUGGAAGCCGAUGGAGUUCACACAGCUCUGUGCCAUGGUGCGCACGAUGCCCGGAACGGCGUCCGGCGUCGCAGUAGCACAGGAGACCGUGGCAGAAGGCACUGCAACUGCAGCUCCGGUAGCCAUCGCCGUUUUCCGCGAGGCCUACGGUGCAGACGGGCCAAAGAUGUUGAUGGGCCGCUGCGGGGGAUCCUCGGCCCCACCGCUGCUUGCACUCAACGCCCGUAACCUGCGGCUCGCCGGUCUCAUCGAGCCGCGGAUCGUCAGCGAGCUGCGCACCGCUGGGCCUUCCAAGAAGCCCGUGGAAAGGACGGCCCCUCCUUGGAGGGAUGAGUACGUGAGCGCCACCAAGGCGCAGGACUCCGCCCUCUUGGAACGUUCUGUGCCGAAGCUGGACCUCUCGGAGACACCCAGGAAGGCCCUUAGGCGCCCGUCCCCACGGCGGAAGGACGAGAAGGGAGGGAGCUCGGCUACCAGCAGCGCACGGCUGACGCAGUGCAGCACAGAGGCCAGCCGGAGCUACAGCCCCGAGCGGCUACGCCUCUCCGGGCCCCAUGGGCCUCUUCCCUUCGCCAACCUGCAGGUGUCUGGCCCCGGACCGGGAUUGGAGCCGCCUAUGGGCUUGGGGCUGUAUCAGGAGCCUGCGCCCUGCCCAAUGGAGCCAAUAACUGUGCUUCCUCAGCCAUCUCAGCCGGCCUGGGCUCAGCCGCAAACGCCUCGUCUAAGCGGUCUUAUGGGCCUGACGCCACCGACAGGCCUGGAUGUGCCCAAGCUGACACCCCGAGUUUUGGCUCCACCUUCACCUUGGAUGUGA